UGUGUGUUGUGUUGUGUGUUUUUUUCCCCCCUCCUUCCUCCAUCCCUCUCGUGUUCCGGAUCAGACCUUCCUGGGGAGCAGGAGGUGGGCGGGGAGUCUGGAGCAUCGCAUCUGCGGGGAGGAGAGAGAGAGAGGCUGCGUCUGAGCGAGAUUAAAUCCCAUUAUUAUUAUUUUUAUUUCUCUCUCGGCCUCUCCUUCUUUCCUUCCUUCCUUCCUUUUUUUUCCUGCCCCCCCCCCUGCCUCGCCCAUGGAUUUCAACAUGAAAAAACUGGCCUCCGAUGCGGGCGUUUUCUUCACCCGAGCGGUCCAGUUCACGGAGGAGAAGCUUGGCCAGGCUGAGAAGACUGAAUUGGACGCCCACUUUGAAAACCUCCUGGCCCGAGCAGACACCACCAAGAACUGGACAGAGAAGAUCUUGCGUCAGACUGAAGUCCUGCUACAGCCAAACCCCAGUGCCAGAGUUGAAGAGUUCCUUUACGAGAAGCUAGACCGGAAGGUGCCCUCUCGCGUCACCAACGGGGAGCUCCUGGCGCAGUACAUGAUUGAGGCGGCCAAUGAUUUCGGACCGCAGUCUCCGUAUGGGAAGACCCUGAUCAAAGUCGGGGAAACCGAGCGGCGCUUGGGCGGGGCAGAACGGGAUUUCAUCCACUCGGCCUCCAUCAACUUUCUGACGCCCCUGCGCAACUUCCUGGAAGGGGACUGGCGAACCAUUUCGGUACGUGGCAAAGCAUCGGCCGGCGUUCCGUUGCAGAACCGGCGCCUGGAUCUGGACGCUUGCAAAGCCAGGCUGAAGAAAGCCAAAGCGGCUGAAGCGAAAGCAGCGUGUGAGGGAGAUGCUGUGCCCGACUUUAAUGAGACUAGACCACGUAAUUACAUUCUCUCUGCCAGCGCAUCGGCGCUUUGGAGUGACGAGGUGGAAAAAGCUGAACAUGAGCUCCGGAUGGCCCAGACGGAAUUCGACAGGCAGGCCGAAGUGACCCGUCUCCUGUUGGAAGGGAUCAGUAGCACACACGUCAACCACCUUCGAUGUCUCCACGAGUUUGCCGAAGCUCAAGCCACAUACUAUGCCCAGUGCUACCAGUACAUGCUGGACUUACAGAAGCAGCUGGGCAGCUCCAGAGGAGAAAUGCUUCCCGGCACGUUUGUGGGCAACACCGAGGCCACGUCCCCUCCGCCGGCCACUGCCUCUCCCACCGUCAUGCCUGCGGCCGCGGGCCCAGCCAUACCCACCCUCCCCGUGGUGCCCACCGUCGCUGGGGCACCCGACGGCGCUCCGGCCAUAGAAGCCCUGAACCCCAGCGACGUGAAGCCCCCCGCGAGUGGGACGCGGAAAGCCCGGGCCCUUUAUGACUACGAAGCCGCCGACAGCACUGAGCUCUCUCUGCUUUCGGAUGAGAUGAUCACCGUGUACAGCCUCCCAGGAAUGGACCCGGACUGGCUGAUGGGCGAGAGAGGCAACCAGAAAGGGAAGGUGCCCGUGACUUACUUAGAACUGCUGAGCUAAGCCCUCGUUCGGAUCGACUCUCCACGCGACUCACGCCCCUCCAGUCUCCUGACCUUUGUUUUCUUUUUCUUCCCAAAAAAACGCCGACCGCGACUUCUCCCGAGACCAUUUUGCUCUCUUUUCAGGAUCCGAUUUUUUCUCACUGAAUCCACGGAAGGCGGCGCAGGGCGACGGAGAAGCUAGUGGCGCGAUGAUAAGUGUUGCGAUCCUUUGCAUCUGCAGGAUGCCGGGGAACGUCAUUGAUCCCAGCGGGUGGCCAACCCUGUAGGGAUCCUCUUGGCCAUCUAAGCCCUCCCCCCUCCAGGCUUUUUGCUAAGGACUAGUCCCUUUCUUUUUAACUCUGAUGCAGCUCCGCAUUUUGGUUCCACGCCGAGGGAACUUUCUAGAAUUGCGUUCUCUUCGGCGGUGCCUUUUUCCUCGGGUCCAUCAACAGCAGUCUCAUUUCUGAUUCCCUCCGAGUUCUGUGUCUGUCCGUUUUAUGCAUCCCAGGGAGGUGGGUGGCCCUGAUUUAAUUUUCCGACGUCAGCCUGGCUUUUAGUUCUUUCUCCGGAGUCCGUGGCGGGUGGGGACGUCGCCGUUAAAGAUUUCUAGCGGAAUUUCCAAAGCCUUUUAGAAGGGGGUCGUUCUCCACCUGCAUCCUGCUUUAUUAAUUAGGGGGCUAGGCUGUUGCAGACAAAACCGAAGCGAAUGUCUAGCGAGCAUGGGCUUAAUAAAACCUGGAAGAAAAUAAACAAAGGGCCUCCGUGAUCCUUUGGGCCCGACGAGCUGUUCCAAACCUGUUUGCUACGUCCGCUCCCCCCCGUCGUAUUGCUGAGUUCCCAUCGCUGCCUCUUCUGAAUCUGUAAAUGGGCAAGGAUGGGAGUCGGUGACCAUGUUCAUGGCAGGGCGGUUUCCAGAGAUGCUUCUUGGGCACGCACUUCCCCACGAGCCAGGCUUCCCAUCUGCUCUUUUCAACUUGCAUACAAGCAGUUAAACAGGGAAAGCUCUUAAUGUGUUCAAACAGGGACAGCCUGCCUGUGCCUAGAGCCUCCCCUGACUUUUUUUUUUUGGGGGGGGGGAGGGAUAAAUGGUGGCAAGUAAGCCAUAUUUCUCUCCUGGGAGGGGUGUAGAGGUGGGAAGAGGACCAGGCCAAGGAAAUUUGCUUUUAAGGCGGACAAAGGUCUCUGUUCCGUUCCAAGCUGGUGGGCUGACCGAUCCGUUUUUCUUUCUGAAGUUUCUUGAGGCUUUUGCGAUUUACCCUGUUGUGACCAAGGACUCAGCACACGAUUAUUAUUAUUAUUAUUUUGCCAAUAAACACUCAGCCUGUC